AUGGUAUUGCUUUUUAUGAAUCUAGAACUAAUGAAUUGAAUUUUUGGUGGUUGUUUUUGCAUUAUUAAUAUGGCAUUGCCUGUGUAUAGUUUUCCUUGGUUGUGUGGAGCGUAUGGGCUGGUUGGUCGAAACAAAAACAUCCCUCGUCCACAUUUGUACCUCACAGUUAAAAGAGGAGUGAAGAUAUCGUUUGUAUACGACGUGAACAUGAAGAGAAAUUCAAGUGUGACGACGCUAAGGAACACUAUGAACUUCUUCGAGAACCUAAAAGAAAACCAAAAAUUAAAUAUUUGGGUCUCCUUUCAAGUAAAUUGAGAUGUAAAUCAUCUUCUGUCUCACCAGCACCUGGUGGUGGUGUAUUAGCUUGCAGUAACCCCAGUUAUACCAGUCAAAACCCUUUACGAGUACCUGAAGAAAACGAGAAAGAUGAUGUACCUCAGGUCCAGGGAACUGGGACUUUAACCAUGUUUUGCGCCCUCAAUGGACAAAAUUAUGCACUCGCCUGCUUUCAUGUUGCUUGUGCAACUGAUGAAAACCGUUUAAACGCUGCAUUCAAUAAAGUAGAAGAUGUUCAGAAGAUGCGCAAUUCACUUCCAGCUUAUGAAAGUUAUGCAAAGAAACAGCAAUAUUAUUUCACACAAGGCAAUACAGAGAACGACAAUGAGCCCAUCUUAUUUGGAGACGAUGGAAUGGACUGCACGCGUCUUGGUGGUUUUGACAAUUAUCAUUUUGACAACGAAUGUGACAUUUUGUCUCUAAAAGUUUUGGAUGGCAUUAACAUUGAUUGCAAAAUAGCGGAUGCAACUUCUCUUGAUUGGGAUAGUAUAUGGUAUGAAUUGUAUGAGAGUGAUAGUAAUCCAGUGGAAGUGUCUUGA